UUCUGUCAGUCACGUCAAUCUAAUCAAACAAAAAAUAGAUAAAAUUCAAGUAAAAAAUCAAUUUGAAACCUAAAUAGUAAUACAUUUUAUUAUACUAUGGAUAAACAGAAGCACACCUUUAUAGAUGCAAGAAAUAUCGGUGAUAUAAUAGAAUAUAUAGAACAGUGCAGGGAAGAAGAGCCGAUGGAACAGAUCUCCAGUUCAAAGAAAGUUCAGCAAAAAGGCAUACUUUCAGAGCGGGGUAUUAGAAAAAGUACUUCUUACCAUAAGCCAAAAAUGACUGAGGUUAUCGGGGAUAGUCAGCAGAAUAUCUGCAGAAGAAGGGAAGAAUUGGUACUGCAAACGAUCAAUGAAUUCGCUGAACAGUUAAGAUUAGAUCCAAACUACGCUCAGACAAAAGGCUUGCUGAUCGAGAAAGGCAUACGAAAGUAUACUGAAAAUCAAGGAGCGUUCAUAAAAAGAGAUUAUAUGCCUCCAGAAAAAAUGGUAGAACAUUCAGUAGAGAAUUUCGCAAACCAAUCGAGUCCCAUUUAUAGAUCGCCUGACAUAAAUAAUUUGCGCAUAGAAAAGGGCUUAAAAUUAAGCUGGGAAAAUAAAAAGAAUACUUUAGAAAAUGGCUCGUUUGAUAUGCCAAAGAUUCUUAGCUAUAUUCAACAAUUUAACAAGUCUUUGGACAACAAUUCCGGCAAUAUAAAUUGGACGGACUUUCGCAAAAAUUUGCUAAAAAUACAUCGUUACUAUAUGAAGCAGCAUAGUUUUAUCUGUUCUGAUGAAGAAUAUGCAGUAGAUGAUGUAGGAGAGAAUCCAUUGAAUAAGUUUGGACAAGACUCCAAAACUCUGAAGAAAAAUGAAACCUGCAAGAUCAACAGUUUAGAUUUGAAAAUGCAAGAAUUCUACAUAAAAUAUAAUCGAACGCUAAUCAAUAGGGAGAAGACAUUUAAAGAGAUGAUGACACUUCAAUCAAUGCAUAAACAAAUCGGACAGAGACUCUCUCAAAUCGAGAUGGAAAUUCACGCGUCUCGCUCUCAACUUUUGAAACGAGGUGUGCACAAUAAAUGAGCUAAAAUUGUAGGCUUCUUCGCUCUUCUCUCUUCACCUCGUCGCUGUUCCAAAAUGAAAUCUUCAAGUUGGUAAUUUUACUUGGUCGAAGGACCACAAUUACUGUGAUUGUUGCCCUGCUACCUCGUUAUGAUAUCGAAUACUUUUUGCAUACGGCAAACUCGGAAAUUGAGAAAGCCAUAAAGGUGUGGCCAAGUCAAAAUUUGUGUGUCUGUCUCAUCGUCUGUCAACUGAUGGCCGAUAAACGUUAUUUAAUAAAUUCUCAAGUAUUUCAAAUUA